GGAGAGCCGCCCCAUCACACACUGCACUGGGGGUGGAAAUUGGGAGCCGCCACUAAGGAAGGGGAUUUGGUGGGAUCUGAGAUCGCUUCAGAUGCCUCCGCCCUUGAACCCAGAGAUUCCAACUGCUGGGAGUCGACCCUCAAGAUAAAAUCUCACAUGGGGGUGGAAGGAGAUGUGUGCCCAGAGAUAUCCCUCCCAGUGGUUAAUGAGGGUGACAAGUUGCAAGCAGCCCAAGCCUCCCUCGGUCAGUGCACAUCAGCACGUCUGGAAGGUGGAAGACUACGCAGCCGUUUAAAAGAAGGGGGUCGAUCCACAGGUGCUGCCAUCAGAGGGUGUCCACAGGAAGAACCAGGAAGAGCCUCGGCUGGAGUCACCGCCCGGGACGACCUGGAUUCUCUUGGAGACCCCCCCAGCAGCCAGCCCACCACCAUGCACCCCCUAGCCAUGCUCUUGCUCAUCCUCCUGGCCAGUGGGGCCGAGGCCUUCCGGAUUUGUGCCUUCAACGCCCAGCGGCUGACCCUCACCAAGGUGGCCAGGGAGCACGUGCUAGACACCUUGGUUCGGAUCCUGGCCCGCUGUGACAUCAUGGUGCUGCAGGAGGUGGUGGAUUCUUCCGGCAGUGCUGUGCCCCUCCUGGUUCGAGACCUCAACCGCAGAUUCGAUGACUCUGGGCCCUACAUCCAGCUGAGCAGCCCCCUGCUGGGACGUAACAUCUACAUGGAGAAGUACGUGUACAUCUACCGGUCACACAAGACACAGGUCCUGCAGUCAUACGUGUACAACGAUAAGGACGACCUCUUUGUCCGGGAGCCCUUUGUGGCCCGGUUCACCCUGCCCAGCAAGGUCCUUCCCAGCCUGGUGCUGGUGCCACUGCACACCACCCCGAAGGCCGUGGAGAAAGAGCUGAAUGCCCUGUACGACGUGUUUCUGGACGUCUCCCGGCAAUGGCCGGGCGAGGACGUGAUCCUGCUCGGGGACUUCAACGCUGACUGCGCUUCACUGCCCAAGAAGCGCCUGGACGAGCUGGUCCUGCGGUCCCAGGAGGGCUUCCACUGGGUGAUCCCCGACGAGGAGGACACGACGGUGAGAAGCAGCACCCACUGCGCCUACGACCGCAUCGUGCUGCACGGGGAGGGUUGCCGGGGCCUGUUCCACGCUGCCGCUGCCUUCAACUUCCCCCGGGACUUUCAGCUCACUGAGGAGGAGGCCCUCAACAUCAGCGACCACUACCCGGUGGAGUUGGAGCUGAGCCUGAAUCGGGCGGCGACGAGGGGCCAGCCCCUCAGCCUGGCCGCCCUGCUGCUGCCCUCACUGCUGCUGCUGCUCCUGCCCCCUCAGCUGGGUCCCGUGGCCUGAACCCCCCACCCCCCACCCCAGGGCCCUGCCGCCGCCAGGGACGCCUCAAUGACACCGCCUUUGGGACUCAGACCCUGGCCGCUCCUGUCCAUCCCAUCCUGGGGCCCAGGUGACUCUGGAAGGGGUUUGACGGCAGCCCUCCUCCAUCGGACUACAACCCUACGCCGUCGGACUGCAGCCUUAUCCCAUCAGACCGAAGCCCUCCUCCCUGGGACUGGAUCCCAAUGCCACCAGGCUGCAGCCCUGCUCCAUCUGCCUUUUCUUUGCUGUGGCUUUUAUUUCACUUUGGUGCGCCUGGUGCCUGGUAUUUAUUAGAAUGUGGGGGAAGAGGCCAGGGGCUCUGGGGCCAAACUCCGGCCAACCCCACCCCACCCUGACAGCAGUGGCAGGAGUGGGGGCAGAGCAGGUGCCGAGGAGGGCGGGGGGCCCAGUAGGCCAUCUUGACUAAAACGCAGGGCUCAGCAAAAAGACUUGAUGAUUUGAAAAAGGAUAACUUCUGUACAUUUGAGAACAAAACCCUGAUUGGAGGAAAUGUUACAUAUUUGCAGUGGAUAUGCCAAAGGGCUAGCAUCUUUAUUGUAUACAGAAUUCUUAUAAACCCACAAAAAUAUUGAGGCCCCAAUAGAGAAACCGAGGGAGACAAGCAGUUUACACCAACAUAAAAUGAACCAAUGUUGGGAAAAUGUUUAGGUUCCUCGGAAGCCAGGAAAUGAAAAUAGCUGGAAAGAGCCCUGAUUAUCCGUGGCCAAGCCAGGGUUUAUAACCCACCUGGGGACAGUGCAGCCAUGCCAGGGGCCAAGAUGACCAGCGCCCACAGAGAACUCCGUAACCACAACCACAACCAGGCAGCCUGAUAUCGAGGGGUAAAGGGCGCACACUUGAACUCCCGGCAGAAAUUGCUACUUUGUGAGUACAAAGUCACCCAGGGAAAAGGGCUAGAGCAAUAGGCAACAGCGAGCGGCCAGUGAACCAGGCCUCCAACCCACCCUUUUCCAAUGGAGAAGGGAGUUCAGCAAAAACGGGUUUGGGUACAUCAGGGCCUUUUAAGUGUCAACUCUAUUUAUGGUUUGUGAUAAUCUCAAGGUCAAAAAUAAAGCUUUAGAAAUGGC